AUGGCGGACAAGACUCAAGAUACUCACACGACACCCGUCGGUCCCUCAUACCGCGCUCACCAGCAGAAGCCCAGCGCCACCGUCUCUGUCGAUGUCAAGCUAGACAAUGUCCAUGUUCUGUCGCAGACCCCUCAGCUCAUUGCCCUACUGUCGAAAAUUCGUAGCAAGGAGACCGAGAGAGCAGACUUCAUCUUCUACUCCAACCGAAUCAUUCGAUUGCUAGUGGAGGAGGGUCUCAACCACUUGCCUGUCAUUGAACACACUGUCACUACACCCAUUGGCCGAAACUACAAUGGUCUCAUGUUCCAGGGCAAGAUCUGCGGAGUGUCCAUCAUGAGAGCUGGUGAGGCUAUGGAGCAGGGUCUCCGUGACUGCUGCCGCUCUGUUCGCAUUGGAAAGAUCUUGAUCCAGCGUGAUGAGGAGACGGCCCAGCCCAAACUGUUCUACGAUAAGCUGCCCGAGGAUAUUGCUGACCGAUGGGUGCUUCUUUUGGAUCCUAUGUUUGCUACUGGUGGCUCUGCUACCAUGGCGGUUCAAGUUCUCAAGGCCAGGGGUGUCCCUGAGGAGCACAUCCUCUUCCUCAACUUGAUUGCAAGCCCCGAGGGUGUCAAGAACUUCUCUGCCAAGUUCCCCCGCUUGAGGGUCGUGACGGCUUUCAUCGAUGAGGGUCUCGACGAGAAGAAUUAUAUCGUUCCUGGCCUGGGAGACUUUGGAGACAGAUUUUACACCAUCUGA